CAGCACCUGCCGAGCCGGACAGCGCCUGCUGCAUGGAGCUGCCCGCCGCGGCCGUGGACGCAGUCGGGAGUCCAGCCGCCGCUGCCCUCGUCUCCUUCCCCGGGAGCUCCGGGGAGCUAGAACUGGCGUUAGAGGAGGAAUUGGCGCUGCUGGCGGCCGGGGAACGGCCGUCCGACCCCGGGGAGCAUCCUCCGGCUGAGCCUGGGCCUUUAGCGGAGGGAGCCGGACAGCAGCCGCCGCCCGCCCAGGACCCGGAGCUGCUGUCGGUGAUCCGGCAGAAGGAGAAGGAUCUGGUGUUGGCGGCCCGCCUGGGCAAGGCGCUGCUCGAGAGGAACCAGGACAUGAGCCGGCAGUACGAACAGAUGCACAAGGAGCUGACAGACAAAUUGGAGCACUUAGAACAAGAGAAACAUGAGCUCAGAAGACGAUUUGAGAACCGAGAAGGAGAGUGGGAAGGCCGUGUGUCAGAGCUGGAGAGUGAUGUGAAACAGCUUCAGGAUGAGUUGGAGAGGCAGCAGGUUCAUCUGCGAGAGGCAGAUAGAGAAAAAUCGCGGGCUGUCCAGGAAUUAUCAGAACAGAACCAAAGGUUACUGGAUCAGCUCAGCAAGGCAUCAGAAGUUGAGAGACAACUCUCCAUGCAAGUCCACGCCCUCAGGGAAGAUUUUCGGGAGAAAAACUCAUCAACCAACCAGCACAUCAUCCGUCUGGAAAGCCUGCAGGCCGAGAUCAAGAUGCUGUCGGAUCGGAAACGGGAGUUGGAGCAUCGUCUCAGUGCCACAUUAGAAGAAAAUGACCUGCUCCAAGGAACUGUGGAAGAGCUACAGGACCGGGUGCUGAUCCUGGAGAGGCAGGGCCAUGACAAAGACCUGCAGCUGCAUCAAAGCCAGCUGGAGCUCCAGGAGGUGCGGCUGUCCUGCAGGCAGCUACAGGUGAAGGUGGAAGAGCUCACCGAGGAGAGGAGUCUGCAGAGCUCCGCGGCCACCAGCACAUCCCUGUUGUCUGAGAUAGAGCAGAGCAUGGAGGCCGAGGAGCUGGAGCAAGAGAGAGAGCAGCUGAGACUGCAGCUCUGGGAAGCCUACUGCCAGGUUCGCUAUCUCUGCUCACACCUUCGAGGAAACGACAGUGCUGACUCGGCCGUCUCCACGGACUCCUCAAUGGACGAGUCUUCAGAAACCUCAUCUGCCAAGGACGUGCCAGCCGGCAGCUUGCGCACUGCCCUCAACGAGCUCAAGAGACUGAUACAGAGCAUUGUGGAUGGCAUGGAGCCCACGAGCUCCCGGAGAAUUGACGAUGACUCCUUAGAAGAACAGAUAAGGCAGACCAGUGAGGAUUCGAGAGCCCUAAGGGAACUCAUGGAGGGAGAGAGGGGAAAACUGAGGCAAAGCCUAGAAGAGCUGCAGCGGCUCCACAGCCAGGUGACACUGCUGAGUGUGGAGAUGACUGCACUGAAGGAGGAGCGAGACCGACUCAGAGUGACAUCUGAGGACAAGGAACCAAAGGAGCAGCUUCAGAAGGCCAUCAGGGACCGGGAUGAGGCCAUCGCGAAGAAGAACGCCGUGGAGCUGGAACUCGCCAAGUGCAAGAUGGACAUGAUGUCUCUGAACAGCCAGUUGCUGGAUGCCAUUCAGCAGAAACUGAACCUCUCGCAGCAGCUUGAGGCCUGGCAGGAUGACAUGCACAGGGUCAUUGACCGGCAGCUGAUGGACACACACCUGAAGGAACAGAGCCGGCCUGCUGCUGCCCUCUCCAGGGCCCACGGCGCAGGGCACAGGGACGAGCCCGGCACCGCUGAAGGCAAACGGCUCUUCUCAUUCUUCAGGAAAAUUUAAGCUGGGAACAGUCAGGCCAGCGAGGAUGGGUGGACUGGAGGCGACUGAAAGGGGGUGCAGGCGAGGGCCCAGGGUACUGUGUUUGCAUGCAAGGGCCCCCGCCCUGGGCCAGGCUCAAUGGCUACACUGCCUGCCUGCACUGGGGCCAAGUCGUCCUGAAGGGCCUGCUUGUCCUCUGAAGGCUGUCCUAGACAGAGGGGCAGGCAGGAGCCCUGUCCGCACUGCCCAGCCAAGCCCAACCUGGGCUUCCCCAGGAUCCGCUGUUGCUGAGCAGAGCUCAUGCUGCCUCCAGCAGCCAGGGGCCCAUGCCUCGGAGGCUCCACGCCAACCCCAGGCGCUGCUGCCCUCCUGUUAUGGAAGAUGGGGAGCGGGAAACGGAAGCCCUUUCUGCAUGCCUCAGGGGGCUGUUGCUGCCCCAGCUGGCCUGAGCCUUGAGGCCUAGUCUUGCAGGGCAUCAAGCCCAGGCCUGAGUCUCCAUCUCUCCCCCAGCCCCUGGCCCGGGAGUAAGGGAAGGCGGCCCCUCACCACGUGUACGCACCUCUGCCAAGAGCACCUCUGUGGGCAGGAGUCCCAGCCUGCGGGGCCUGAUGGCUGGGGCUGUUCUCUUGUGCUCAGCCACAGUGGGCUCUACCACAGCUUGGCCAAGGCCACCUCAAGCCCAGAAGAAAGAAGGGCCUGCCCCCUGGCUGCCACUGCUCUUCCCCGGCCUCCACCAGUGCAGGCCUUGCCUGUCUGCAGGCUUUAGUCAGCCAGCCUUUUCCCCUUCAUGGGGCCAGGGCUGCGAGGGGUCUUGUCCUCCUCCCACGGCCCCCCGCUCCCUUCACAUAUACAAGUUCUUGGUUCAGCCAAGCAAGUCUAGGCCACAGAAUGGCCCCAGAGAGGUCUGUGGUCAGCCACCUCCACGUAAAGGGCAGCACUGUCACCACGGGGUGGAUGCCUGCAGAUACUGCCCAUGAGGCCUGCAGAAGAAUGAAUCCUGCAACCUGCUGCUUCUGCUCCUUCCUCAGCAGCCACUCCACCUUCUCUGCUGAGGCCCUAACAGGCGCCAUGGGCUGAGCCAGCCCGCAGGCUGCUUCACAAAGGAUAACCUUCCUCCCACACCUGGGAAAAGCACAGCAGGGAUGAGCAGAAAGAAUGUACCUGUAGAUAUGUACAUACCACAGUGCUGUAAUUUUGUAUGUAGCAAUCGUGUAAAUACAUGUAUGGAUUUUAUAAUAUACAUAUUAUAUAUAAAUCUAUAAAGGCAUAUUUUUAGAAACACAGCGCACCACCGCUUCUUUUGAAAAUAGUCUAAGAAUAAAUGAAUUUCUACAGAG